UUUGCUUCCGUUGAGUGUGAGAGAGCUCUCGCUUAAAGAUGGUUUGACUCAUCCAUGGCUUGACUGAGGAAAGUAAACCAAGAUGAAGGAGCGUGUCUUCUGUACUACUGUAGGAAAUUAAACAGUAAGCGAAGUGACGUUUGUUUACUUCUUGUCGGGACCCAAGAGGACGACACUCCCAGGAGCUUCACUCGAUAGCAUGCCAGUAGAGGUGACACCUCUUCAAAUGCAGGAACAUGUUGGCGAUGGACCAAGGAGUGGUGGAGGAAUGGCUGUCAGAAUAUAAGACCCUGCCUGACAGUGCUGUGUCAGCCUAUGCUGCAUCACUUAAAGAAAGAGGUGCCCUCGUCCCUGCACUCUAUAAGGUCAUCCGGGAGAACUACAGUGAACUGCUAGAGCCUGUGUGUCACCAGUUGUUUGAGUUUUAUCGGAGCGGUGAGCCUCAGCUUCAGCGUUUCACUCUUCAGUUCCUUCCAGAGCUCCUGUGGAGCCUGCUGUCUGUCAGCGCAGCCAGGGACCCACACACCUCAGGCUGCAUCGAGGCCCUGCUGCUGGGCAUUUACAACCUGGAAAUAGUUGAUAAAGAUGGGCAGAGUAAAGUGUUAUCCUUCACUGUUCCGUCCCUCUCCAAGCCCUCGGUGUACCACGAGCCAUCCGCCAUCGGCUCCAUGGCCCUGACCGAAGGGGCUCUUGCCACACAUGGUUUGAGCCGAGUUGUGUACAGUGGGCCAUUCCUUCAGAGAGAGAACUUUACUGCACAAAACAGAUUUGAGGUGCUGUCCUUCCUGUUGCUGUGCUACAACUCUGCUCUUAGCUACAUGAGCUCUUCUUCCCUCCAGUCACUCUGCCAGAUCAGCUCCAGACUGUGCAUCUGUGGUUACCCACGACAACAGAUACGGCGCUAUAAAGGUAUUAGCACACGGAUGACGGUUACAUCGGAGUUCUUGGUUCAACUCCUCACCGGGAUCCACUAUGCAUUGUGUAACGGGGAAGCGGAACUUGGAUCCAAGGCCCUGGAUGACGUCCUGUAUCGGGCCCAGCUGGAGUUGUUCCCUGAAGCUCUGUUGGUGGGUAAUGCCAUCAAGUCGACGCAGCAGGGCGCAGCUCUGAAAAGCAACACCAAAGAGGGUGCACGUAGUAUCCAGGUGGAGAUUACACCCACUGCCUCCAGGAUCUCUCGAAAUGCUGUCACUUCCCUCUCUAUAAGGGGGCACCGCUGGAAAAGACACGACGCAGUGGAUCUGGGUUCCCCGGAUGACCUGAUUGAUAUCGCCGAGGCGGAUGAAGGCCUGUGGCCGGGUGGGGGAGCGCCUGACGCAAACCCGCCCACCAUCACGAUCAGCAACAGUGUGACCACGUUAAACCUGGGCGCGAAGGCCAUGAAGAAGUGUCGUCUUGGCGGGCGCGGUAGCAAGGACAAAGAGGCGAGCCUGCUUUCGACCAGUCGGACGGCCAGCGAGAGCGCCGAGGUAUCCCUCAAGCGCCUCACGCUCACUUCGAGCCAAUCGGUGCCGAAAGCGGGAGCCCUCACCAGCCUGACGCGCACCGCCAGCGCCGUGUUCUCCCGUUCAUUUGAGCAGGUCGCCGCCGGUACCGCCCCGCCCUCCGGCAACCACACUGCCUCGGAAGCCGGCCGUUAUUCAUGCAGCCUGCAGGAGGAGGGGACGGGCUAUUUAAAUCCGGGGGCCAACCACACGCAGCGUUCGCCUAGCGUCAGCGUGCACCUCGGCUCGGACCUGUGAAAUGUUUUCACGAUGAACCUUCGGAUCUGAUCCUGUGAUUCUGCACCAGUAACCUGGAACUGUAAGCCAUGCCAACCGCAAGGGACCACAAAUGUUUAGAUUUUUUUGUCUCUCUCUCACCUCUCACUCUCAUACUUAAACUGUGUGGCAUUGUUUUCUCUGCCGAAAAGCAGCCAAACGGGGGAAGAUGACAAGUCCCCUUGCAGUUUUCUUUAACUCAUUGGUUGUGCACCGAUUCCAUGUCGGGAACAAAUUGGAACCUGUUGACGGUACAGUAGGUACAUUUUAAAGCUCAUCUCCAAACACCGUGUGCAAAAGUGUUUGGAAAUUAUUUUUAAGCGACAUGUUGCCUUUGCAUGCCUUUUCCAUAUGUUCACCUUUACCUUCCCUCCAGUCUGUGGGGGUAGAUGUGUGUGUGUGUGUGUGUAUAUGCGCGUGUUUAAGUAUGUAUGCACAGUGUGUAUUUUUUUUUUUUUUAAAUGGUUUAUUUUUAGCAUAAAAGCUGCUGAUUGAAUGGUGGGGUAACUGAUUCAAAAAGAAAACACUCCUUCCCCGUAGCAAUAUAAAUCUUACCUUCAGUGUUUGGGCAAAUAUUUAAACUUAAACGUUGUGGUCUGUUUGCACUUUGAUCCAGUGACAGAUGUGAUUCUUGAUUUAAAAAAAUCUACAUUCUUCCGAAACGAGUGUGACGAGAAAAAAAAAAAAGCGCCAUGAUAUAAAUAUUUUAGUGUUUACAAUCGCACAGUAUUGUCGCUAUUAUGAGCAAUAACAACUCCCUCGAACAAAGUAAAACAGAUUAAACCUCAAAUUACUUAUAGACCUUUUGAUAUGGUUACAAAGUAUUGUUUUGCACUUGAAAGGUUGAUUACAUAUAGUAGGUUUAUAAAAGAGUAAUUUUCAAACAAUAAUCUAAAAAGAAGGUAUGCCCCCCCCCCAUAAGAAAAGAUAUGGAUUUAUCUCAUCUAGUCGCCAUACCCGGUAUUUGUAGUAUUUCAGCAUUGUUUUCUACGUCCCACCUUCAGCCCAUCGUCGCGCGUCAUUGGGGCAAACACUAACGCCACCUCCACUCAGUGUAAACUGCCGUUUGUAUGAAAUGAUGUACAUAAAUUGGUUGGACAAUCAUUGUGUUUCAGUAUGUUGGUUUACAGCUCGUGACUGAUUUCUGCUUUUGUUGUAUGUCAUAUUGUUCUAAAGAUGUUUUUAUUGAUCUUUUUAUAUGUCCGAGGAUGUGCAGCUCAGUGUUUUCUGGAAAUAAAGUUUUUCUUUUGA